GCCUAUAUAAAAAUAAAUAGUCAGAGGGUGAGUAUCCUAGCUAGCCUUCAAAUACACUGACAAAUAAUCUAACAAGGAUUUCACAUCUAAUCUCAAAACAAAAUGAAGCCCUUCUUUGCUUUCUUCAUAGUCUUCUCUCUUCUCUUGGGUGCUAACCUGAGCUAUGGAAGGAAAGAGUUGGUGGGAGAAUAUUGGAAGAAGAUGAUAAAAGGGCAAAGCAUGCCUGAAGCAAUCAAAGAGAUUCUUGUUGUUGAGGAUCCACAAAUAUCAUCAUCAGAUUCAUCAAGAACCAAGGAUAAUUUCAUUAGGGACUUUGAUAUAAAGCCUAAUGUCAUAUUAUAUCACUCCCACAAGCAGAAGCAAAAGCACAACCACAAAAACCCUUUUCUCAACAACAACUUGGAGGAGCCAGAG